AUGGGCGCCGCGCUGAGCAACGAAAUUUUCCAAGACCCGACCCCACGCAGUGAGACCGAGAUGCUUCGCGUCGAGAACGACUCCUUGCGAAACGAGAUCGACGAGCUCAAGCGUGCGAAUGCCGCCAUGCAUCGCGAGAUGGAGAGCGUCGUGCGGGCGAACGAGACCAAGAUCAACAACCUCACCAACGACUUUAUUGUCGCGUCCGAAAAUGCGCUGGCUGCGGAUGCAGCCAGACGCGAACACGAGAUGCGCCGCCAGCUCGAGCAGCAAAAAGAAGAUCAGCUGCGUCGCAAGCAAGAGCAACUCGAAGCCAAGCGCGAAGCGGACCUGCUAGAGCAGCGCUUGAAGAGCGUCAAGGUCUAUGACGACGCCGGCUUUGUACAAUUGGGUGGCAAGGACGCGCUCAAACGGGAGGCGUAUCCUUUUGCGCUGCUGCGCGUCGGACUCCUCGCGGAUGGCGAACACGUGCUUCGUAUCCAGCUCAAGGAAGGUUACCGCAAGCGCGAAGACUUGGAGCGUUUCCGCAAGUCGAUCGCAAUCAUGCAAGCGCUCAAUGGCGGGGACGGUCGUAUUCUGCAGCUCGUAGGCGCCUGCGAUCUCUUCAGCGCCAACCCGAUCGCGUACGUCGAGUACUUUGUCGGCUGCGACCUGCAGACAUUCUUGAGUGACCCCGCCAAGAAGCUCACGAUGCAGAACACUCUUGCGAUUGCGCUCGAGGUCGGCAAGGCGCUCGUCGAUGUCCACAAGGUCGGCGUCAUGCACCGCGAUCUCUCGUGGAGAAACAUCUACAUUCCGCACCGCGGCGGCGUCAAGGUCUUUGUCGGUCUCAAGGCCAAGACGUCGACGACGGGAUUCGACACCAACGGCGUCACAGAAGCGCGCUGGGGGGCCCCCGAGACACUUCAGGACGGCAAGAUCAAGUACACGGACGCGAUCGACAUCUUCUCGUUCGGCCUUGUCCUCAUCUCGCUCCUCACGCGCGACCUUCCGUUCACCCACGUCUUGAGACGACGCAAUCCAAUCGAUGACGGUCACGUCACAGCGCUUUUGCGAAACCCAAAGACAGCCGAAGAGCUCCUCUCGGGCUACUUCGAGGACAUGUCGGUGCCCAAAGCCUACGCGGAGCUCGUGCAAGACUGCAUCAAGUGGGACGCCGCCCAGCGCCCGACGGCCCCCGAAGUGGUGCGGCGCCUCCUGGAGAUGCAAAACGAGCAAGACGUUCCUCGUCAUCUCCAAGCGCUCGGCUCCGCGAACCUUCCAAUCAUCGGUCUCACGUUGGCGAUCAUCAAGGGCACCAACUUUGCCAUCAACACGAACAUUUUCGAUUUCCAAGGGUACAGCCAGAUGCGCUUCGACGAGGUGGUGAAGACGCCGUGCGUGCCCGAGACCAACAGCGUUUUGCGCUGGGAAUGGCUAACGACGCUCGAGAACGUCCAACCGCUCGCCAAGACCGUCGAGUUCGCCGUCCGCAAGGUCAACAUCAUGUGGGACACAUAUGUUGGCAAAGUCACACUUCGGCUCGACGACCUCUUGAAGCCGGAUAAGCUCUCGUUCGAAGAGCGAACAAGCCUCGCUGCACCCCGCACAGUGGUCCUCAACGUGUACAACCAAGCCAACAUCAUGGGCCAGCUUCACCUCCGAGCGGCGUUCACGGGUCCCAUCGAAGAGUAUCUCAGCAUCAUCCGCGACGAUCGCGCGAAAGUCCUCCUUGCUCGCCAAGGUCGCCACGACUUCAAGAACGAAGGGCUGCAGCAGGAUCACGACGUUGCAACCGCGGCGUUGGCAGCUGUCGCUAGUGCAGCCUAAUGCAGGCCAUGUACUAAAUGCAAAUAUAUAUAU